GAAAUAAAAAUAUAUUUCUCACCCAAAAUUCUUCUUCUCUUUCUUUCUCCUCCGAUUCUUGCGUUGCGAAUUGGUCCAAUUGCAAACUCAGCAGCACCUGCUCCUCAAUUUGUUUCGCUCCACUUUGGCCUCGAACUCGAUUCGAACUAUGUGAACGCCACUGUUGUCUCUCGUAUGUUGUUGCUGUUGCUGUUAUUACUAUUGUUGUGGUGGUUCUACUGUUCUGUUAGGUUCGGUUUGGAUCUCCGAAGCAUGAAUCUGGGCAACGGAAAGGGAUCCAUGUCAACGGUUACUACAACAGCGGUUAUGAAAUCCGGAGACGCCGUCUCCGACCAGUUUCCGGCGGGUCUCAGGGUUCUGGUGGUCGACGAUGAUCCCACGUGCCUCAUGAUUCUCGAGAAGAUGCUUCGCACGUGCCUCUACGAAGUUACCAAAUGCAACCGAGCAGAGACUGCGCUUUCACUUCUUAGAGAGAACAAAAAUGGGUUUGACAUUGUUAUAAGCGAUGUGCAUAUGCCUGACAUGGAUGGAUUUAAACUUCUGGAGCACAUUGGGUUGGAGAUGGACCUUCCUGUUAUCAUGAUGUCUGCGGAUGAUGGUAAAAGUGUUGUUAUGAAGGGUGUGACUCACGGUGCUUGUGAUUAUCUGAUUAAGCCUGUUCGCAUUGAGGCUUUGAAGAACAUAUGGCAGCAUGUGGUUCGGAAGAAGAAGAAUGAGUGGAAAGAUGCAGAGCAAUCCGGCAGUGCCGAAGAAGGAGAUCGCCAACCUAAGGCAUCUGAUGAAGCAGAUUACUCUUCCUCAGCUAACGAAGGCAGUUGGAGAAACUCAAAGAAGAGAAGGGACGAGGAGGAGGAGGCAGAGGAUAGAGAUGACACAUCCACGUUAAAGAAACCGCGAGUUGUUUGGUCUGUGGAGCUUCAUCAACAGUUUGUGGCUGCUGUGGAUCAGCUCGGAAUUGACAAGGCUGUUCCUAAAAAAAUUCUGGAAUUGAUGAAUGUUCCUGGGCUCACUAGAGAAAAUGUUGCCAGCCACCUGCAGAAAUACCGGUUGUAUCUUCGAAGAUUGAGUGGAGUUUCUCAACACCAGAAUAAUAUGAGCAACUCCUUUCUCGGCUCUCAAGAGGCAACGUUUGGGACAAUUUCUUCGAUUAAUGGGAUUGAUCUUCAAACUCUUGCAGUUGCUGGCCAGCUUCCUGCUCAAAGUCUGGCUACUCUUCAAGCAGCAGGACUUGGUAGGUCAACUGCAAAAGCUGGUGUACCAAUGCCUCUCAUGGAUCAAAGGAACCUUUUUAGUUUUGAAAACCCAAGGGUACGAUUUGGAGAAGGCCAACAGCAACAUUUAAGCAGUAGUAAACCAAUGAACUUAUUGCUUGGAAUCCCCACCAACAUGGAGCCUAAGCAGCUUGCCAAUUUGCACCAGUCUACCCAAUCCAUUGCCGGUUUGAAUAUGCGAGUCAAUGCAUCUGCCCCACAAGGCAACCCCUUAUUGAUGCAGAUGCCACAAUCUCAACCUAGAGGUCAGAUGCUAAGUGAAAAUACUGGUCCUCGUGUUCCCAGGCUUCCAUCAUCGUUGGGGCACCCUAAUGUAUCAAAUGGAAUUUCUAAUGGCUUUCUGGGCAGAAAUGGAAUUGCUGGUAAUAACAGAGGACCUGCGUAUAAUCCUGUUCCACCAAACUCUUCGUUGUUGAGUUUUCCAAUGAAUCAAAGUUCUGAAGUCUCCGUCAACAAUAGUUUACCUCUUGGAAGCACUCCAGGUAUAUCCAGUAUCACAACAAAAGGCUCAUUUCAGGAGGAAGUUACAUCUGGAAUUAAAGCAUCUGGUGGAUUCCCAAGUUAUGAUAUUUUUAAUGAACUGCACCAUCACAAGUCCCAUGAUUGGGAGAUAACAAACCCAGGCCUGACAUACAGUGCCCCCCAUCAUGCAAAUCAUUUACAAGGUAACAUUGAUGUCUCGCCAUCAGUUUUAGUGCAUCAAGGGUUUUCUUCUACCCAGCAGACCGGCCAAAGCAGAGAUGCUACUUUAAUUGGAAAAGCUAUGUUCUCCGUGGGAGAAGGGUCGGAGCAAGAUAACCUCCAAAAUGCUGUUCAACACCUCCAUCCGCUUCUUGUUGACAAUUCAGUAAGGGUUAAGUCUGAAAGAAUUCCCGAUGCAAGCUCCCAGACUAACCUCUUCCCUGACCAUUAUGGGCAGGAGGAUCUGAUGAGUGCGCUUCUAAAGCAGCAAGAAGGCAUGGGACCAUCUGAGAGUGAGUUUGAAUUUGAUGCUUAUUCUCUGGACAACAUCCCUGUCUAGAACAAACCCUGGCCAGUUCUUUCUGAUUGCAGUUUGUCAGUGUAAAUAGUUUAUGUUACACAAGCACGUUAUCAUCCUGCAGUUAGCAAUUUUGGAACUGAGUCUAAAUUGUUCAACAAACAGGAUUUGGUUGAUGUCAAAUAUUCAGACUUCUGGGAUUACUAGUGUAUUGUAAUGGCUUAGUCUGAAUGGUUAAGAUGAAUCAGAUAAAAACGUCAACUGCAUAUAUAUGCACAAGGCACGUGCAAUUUUGACUGCUAUUGAUAGCAAAGUUGCUAGCAAGCUUCUAAUUUUAGGGUGUUCUUGAAGGUAUGUUGGCGUAGGGCAGAAUUGCAGAAGCAAGGUUUUGAUACAUCUGCAAAGUUGUCGUAGGAUCUUUUCUAACUUCAAAUAACAAAUUAUGAUUUUUUUUUUCUUCUGUUUCUUUUGUAAUUUAUGUCAUUCAAAGUAAGUAACGACUUCCCUAAGCAUGUAAAUAUUGCAUUUGGCUGCUCUAGACGUUUGGUCUGGCCAUUCUUUUCUGGUUGCUUCUGUACUGCGAUACUUCUGUGCUUUUAAUGUUCAUUAUGUCAUGCAUUCUUUGUACAUGAA